AUUUUUUUUAAACAUUUAAUUUGUAUAUCGAGCCUAAAAUAUACGGAUAAAGUGCUUUCUUCUCUGUCAGAAAUGUUCGAUAUAUUUUCAUUGUCGGUCCAUGUUGUUCAAGGCAUUUCUCGUGUUUAACAACACUCGCACAUUAGGAGGGGAGAGGGGAGGGCAGUUUUAGCCGGUUCAUUUGAUGAGCUUAGCUUGACGAUGACGUUUUUUUUACGUAGCCGUAGCUGAAAGAACGCGGAAACAAAAACAGCAGGAAGGGUUAUGACGUCAUCACACCGUUCUAAUGCUCUGCUGCUUGGGGCCGGUUCUGUUGAAGCCUAUGGGAGAUGCAUGGAGAAGCACAGGAAAACUCAACAUAUACGUCGUAUGACCCUCCCACAGCGACUUGGUGGCUUACUACAACUUCACAGUGCACAGGACAUUAACUGCACUGUCACGGUCACUGAUGAUGACCAAACAACGUAUAACAUCUCAGGCAUGUCUCAUGCCUCAGGUGUCGAUGCAUCUAAGUGCGAGUACUCGUGGACAGACUCGGGGACAGGUAACGGUGUGAUUGCACAUCACAAGGGAGCAAACCCUGAUCUGGUGUUGAGUAACACCAUCAACACUCUCGUCACCUCACAGUGCUUUGACAAGAUCGUCUUCGCAGAAAACUGCGUCUCAGAGGGGUCAGGUUACACGGCUAUCUGUACUGUCAAUUGCACUUUAUUUGCUCUUCAAAUGGAUCAGAAAGCGAAAGAGAUUUCGCGCAGCUGGAUUCCUGCUAUUGUUGCUGUUGUUAUCGUGCUGCCGGUGGUGGUGCUGCUCCUUGUUAUCUGCUACUGCAAAUUCAGAGAUAAAACUCCCAGGAUAUGCAGCUGUAACCAGCUGGGAUGCAUUUACACUGCUGUGAAGACGCAGAACGUUGACCUAAAAGCAGCUCGUGUGGAGGUGGGGAAUGAGUAGGAAGACCUUCCUCCUUUCACCUUUCUACAAGGGAUGUAAUUAUUUUAUCAAAUUCAUCGUCAUUCUUCGUCAUUUUAUCCGCUACAGUGGUGUCAUGAUUUGAUACAUUGUUAGUGCCUGAGAAUGUGCCUGGGGUUUUCAAUUUAACUCCAUUUAUUAUCAUGGAGUAUGUAAAAGUAGACUGCCAUCUAGAAUAGUUUCUUAGCAAAUAUACUGUGGCACCCUUAAAUCUGCAUUAUUACAUAUUCAUGCUGAAAACUAUAUUCAUGCUUUAUACAGUGUUUCCCCUACGUUCUUUUAGUAGCAGCGUCCCUCUCUGUAGGGAACCAUCUUUCUCCUGUCCCUCUUAAAUCCAAAUUUUAGAUCUCUGAUUUGUCUUAUGCAUUCAUGUCACCGUUUACAUUAUGUUACUGUAAAAGAUUAUUGGAUUAGUAGCCCAAAUAACUAUCAACGUAGCUAAUCAGUUUUUAAUUAGGUUCCUACAACCCACAUCCACUACUACUAUUAUGUCAACAUGCCACUGCUGGAUAUAUAUAUAAUCAGUUCAGGACAAUCAUGUGUACAUUAAUGUGAUUUAGGAAACUAUAUGUUUGUAUCACUUUUGACUAGAGCAAAGUCAGUUUGACCGAUGCUGAGUUACAGUUUGACAUGCAUCUUUGCUCUGUAAGUAAUAUGCCAAACUCUCACUUAAAGGACUUGCUGCUCGCCAGUGUUUUAUUAGUCUCAUGUUUAGUGAGAAAGAUUUUCAGCAUUAAAAUUCCGUUACGUUUAACGAAGCAGCAUCUCAGCUCGGUAACACAGCUCGUGUUGCAAACAAAGUACAAAUACAUUAUUUUAACAGGCUCAGCCUUGUAGUAAGGUGUGAUGUAUUGGUGCACAGAUAAAUAGUUCUUGAGGCUGUGGAGGCUGACAGACUCUUUGCUGCACCAGCGAGUGUACUUUGAGAAACAAGGCCCAGUAGUAAUGCAGUUGCCUCCCCAGGUCCAGUCAAGACCCCCGUAUUGGUGUUAACUUGAACCAAAGCUGUGGAAGCUACGAGACUCAUAAUGCAGCACCAGGGAGUGCCCUUUCAGUGUCCUGUAGCAUUACAGCAACCCCUCUUACCAUACUUCAGUCGUUCCUUGCACAGAGAAAUACAGAUGGUUUUAAAUAUAAUAUUCUGUUCAAACUGUUGGAUAAUACACUAAAUAUAAAUAUGAAAUAUUAAAUGAUACCUAAUAUUUAUAUGUGGAUAUAAAUAUUCUAUUAUUUGUUAUAAUAUUUAUAUGCUAAGAUUUAUUUAGAUGAUCUCUAUUUUAUAAACUAUAAUUAUUAUAAACAUAAUACAAGGUUUGGAUGCAAUAAUGUGUGCAAUGUAAUUCUAUCCAAUACAUGUUUUUUUGUGGAGCAAGAUAUAGUGAAGAUAUCGUUGUAUUGGAUUGCAUUACCAUGUGAGGUGGUUUUGUCCAGUCAUUGUAUGUCAUUUGGUCUUAAAUUAUACGUUGUGAGUCCUUCUCUUUACUCUGUCUCUUUUGUAUUUUUUAUCAUUCAUCAAAUCAUGUCACAUUUUCUGUAUCAGCACUCUGUUUAAGCUGUUUCAUAGUGGAUUGCUUUCCUUGCCAAAAACAAUAAAAAGCUACUAUUUAAAACCAA